CGCUACGUUCUUACAGUUUAUAGCAUUUUUUUGUGGAUCCUGUCGCGAAACAUUUUUUUGCAUUCGUCGCAAAAUGUCUUCGAACAGGCGAAACACGCUAGUCGUCGAUUUCAGUGUUCUUCCGACACGACCUACGCUGGAACAAGUGAAGGAAGUAAUCGACGUCGAUCUUAAACUCAACAUGGCGGAUGUUAGAAAUAUCCAAUUGCACAACUUGCGAAACUGUGUGCUCAUCGAAUUGAACGAUGCAGGGUUGGCAAUGCGGCUGCAAAAAGAGCACCAUCUGCGAUACACAUUCCGAUGCCAGGGUAUAAAGUAUUAUAUCCCUAUAUAUGUAGAUGGCCCCACUACCACCGUGAGGCUACAUGACCUGCCUUCAUGUAUGUCUAAUACAACCAUCACCCAACACAUGGAGCAGUAUGGAAAAGUUAUCUCCAUACAAAACGAAGUUUGGAAGAAUUUCUUUCCUGGGGUACCGAACGGUGUCAGAGUGAUACGGAUGAGGAUGGAAGUGCAAAUACCAUCGCGUAUGGUGAUAGACAACGAAUCUACACUAGUGACAAUCCGAGGCAAAAAACAAGUGACAUCGAGCGGAGGAACUCAGCAAGAAAAACGAACAGCUUCAAACAUCGCCGAAAAACAGAGCAAAGACGUGGACGAAAACGAGUAUCGCACCGAUACAAUUGAAGCUACCCCGCAUGCGGCAGAUCACAACAUCAGCGACAACGAUGAGAACGACGACGACGACGACGACGCACACAACAACCCACAAUCCGGAGCCACGGCAAAGAGACGGCUGUCGACUGGAACAAGCGAAUCGAUCGAGGCUAGAUAUGAACAAGAUAGGAAAAGAUCGUGUGACGAUGAGAGCUGCCGAGAAGAGUUGCAGUACAGUGGAGAAAAUCUGUCCGAUUCAGGAUGGAAAGUGUACAACACUAGGUCGAAGAAGAAAUGA